AUGUCCGCUGCGGGAUUACAUACCGGUUUUCGAGCUUCAGCUUUGGCAUUGCUGCUCUGUGUACUCGUAUUGGAUCUACAUAUACGGGUCUGUUCGGGUCUUACGAUUUUCUCUCUAUCACCACAAACGACUCCUGAAGAAGUCGUAUCUGCUCAGCUCUUGGCGUUGCAAAGGGAUGACAUGCUAGGUGUCUUUGACUUUGCAUCCCCGCUCAACAAGGCAAACGUGAACAAUGACUUGAAUGUAUUUGACCGAAUGGUACGGUCAGGAGUCUACGAGUACCUUGUCAAGCACCAGGAAUCUACUAUACUUCUGACUAUGAGAACUCCAAGUGCCAAUAAAUGGCAUGGACUAGUUAGAGUGUCCACCCAAGAUAGCAAAUCACUUACAAAGGAAUACUGGUGGUCAGUCUCCAGGUGCAAGGCAGGUCCGCACAAAGGAUGCUUCAUGGUAGAUGCAGUCAAGCCCAAUUUGUAG